GUUCUAUUAUCUUUACGUUACGAUUUUUUCUGUGCGUUGAUUGAAGUUUAAAUUUACGUACGGAGUUAAGUUUACGUCCUAUACUUAACGUAACGUAAUGCGAUACGGAACACCUUGUGCGGAGGCCCUUAGAUUAAAUCAUUACAUUUACAUAUACAAUUGUAUAAUUGUAAAAAUUUUGCUUAUAAAAACAUCAAGUCUGAUAGAGUUUUAUAUUUUGCGAUUAUAGAAUUUAAUAUUUGAAUUAUACAAUAAUAAUGGAGAAAGAGAGAUUUACAAUGCUUCUUUUGGAACCAGGGGAAAUAUUUUUUGAAGAUUAUAGUGUUCAGAUGAAAAAGCUAGAUGCUAAAUUUUCUGAAAAUAAAAACUGGAUGGAAGGGAGAUUGAAGCUAUGCUCUAAAUCUUUGGUAUUUGUCAAUAAAGAUAUUAACCAGCCAUUAAUCAAGAUUCAACUCAAAGAGACUAUAUUUGUGGAACAAUGUACAUCGAGCAAUGAUAUAGCAGGAGAUAUGCUGUCAGUGGAAAGUAAACAACAUGUGGAAAUGCUGGAGAAAAACAUAUUAGCACCAUACAAAUUUAUACAUCAAAAUACUAUAUUUCGCUUCUGUUUCAAUUAUGCAAAAAUAGAAGAUUGCCUUCCACAUAUCUUACAAUUACAUAGAGCAGCAAGUUUAGCAACCGCAGAACAAAAUGCUAUGAUUAUGGCUAUUGUACACUCCAGACAAUCACGAAUAUCUUUUGACACAUCGUGGCUCGAAGAUUUAUACGAACAAGUAGUUUUAGAGACACAAGCAAACAAAGUAUUACCACUUGUGGUAAAUCCAGGCAGAGUAUUAUUGACUACUUCGAGAAUUUAUUUUCAACCGUAUAAUAAUAUGGAUCAGCAUCCUGUUCUUAAGAUUCAAUUGAAAGAUAUACAAAAUAUUAUAAGAAGAAGAUUUCUAUUGCGACAAGUGGGUCUUGAAAUUAAAUGGGUGCGACAAGUUGAUAAUAAAAUUGAACAUUUAUUUUUGUCAUUUCAAAGUCAAGAUGACAGAGAUAAGUUAUAUGAAAAUUUAUUUAAACAAUCGAUGGUUUCUCUGGAAACUAUACCUCAAAAUCAAAUUACAAUGAGAUGGCAAAAUGGAUAUAUAUCGAAUUAUGAUUAUAUUUUAUAUGUAAACAGUUUGGCUGAUAGAACAUUUCACGAUUUGACACAGUACCCAAUAUUUCCAUGGAUUAUACAAGACUACACUUCUACGACAUUAGAUUUAAAUGAUACUAACGUUUAUAGAGAUCUUUCGAAACCUAUUGGUGCAUUAAAUCCUUCUCGUUUAGAGAAAUUAAAAGAACGAUAUUUGGAAAUGUCUGAUCCAAAAUUCUUAUAUGGUUCUCAUUACAGUGCACCAGGUUUUGUACUAUUUUAUUUAGUACGGAAAUACCCUCAGUAUAUGCUCUGUCUACAAAAUGGAAGAUUCGAUCAUCCAGAUAGAAUGUUUAACAGUAUAGCCGACGUGUGGAAAAAUGUUUUGGUGAACAUGUCUGACUUUAAAGAAUUGAUACCGGAGUUUUAUGACACGAGCAAUACCGGUGACUUUCUAACAAAUAAUUAUGGUAUCGACUUUGGUUAUCGGCACGAUGGUACAAAGAUAGGUGAUGUACAAAUUCCUCCUUGGGCAAAAGGACCAUCCGAUUUUGUACAACAAUUAAGAAAUGCCUUAGAAAGCGAUUAUGUUUCUCAAAACCUUCAUCAUUGGAUUGACUUAAUUUUUGGAUAUAAACAAAGAGGAAUUGAAGCUGAAAAGGCUGACAAUGUAUUCUUCCAUUUAUGCUAUGAAGGAGCAAUAGAUUUAGACACCGUACGAGAUAUAAAUGAUAGACAUGGACUCGAAGUGCAAAUUAUGGAGUUUGGUCAAAUACCAAAGCAAGUUUUUACUUUACCACAUCCUAAACGUUUAGCAUCAGCUUCAAACUUAUUACAUGGUAAAACAUUAUUGACUUUGCCAGAAACAUUGGCUUCAGAAAAUGCAUAUGGAAAAGAAAAAUCAGUUAAUUUUGUAGAAUCGAUAGCAUUUCAAGCGCACAAAGACUGUGUUACUAAUAUUAUACCAAAAAAUACAACAAGCAAUGAAAUCAUAUCAGUAGGACAGGAUGGAAUGCUUAAAUUGUACAAUGCAAACGAGAGAAAAUUGACACAUAGCGUUUCUUUAUCUUUAUUGUCAUUAUCAUCUUGCAUCUCAUAUUAUACAGUGUCACAACGUAACAUUCUUGUAGUAGGAUCGUGGGACAAUACCUUAAUAUUUUACGAUAUCGAGUUUGGCAGGGUAAUUGAUGUUCUUCAAGGACAUGAAGAUGCAGUCUCAUGUUUGGCUUGGAGUCCUACGCAUCAAGUGAUUAUAUCUGGAUCGUGGGAUUGUACUGCAAAAGUUUGGCACGAAUAUACCUCAGGAUCGAAAAUUAAACCCGUAGAGUGCUUUAUCGCACAAUUAGAUCAUGAUUCCAAAGUAACUUGUAUUAAUAUAUCGAGAGAUGAUACUAUGUUGGUAUCUGGUACAGAAGACGGCGAGUUAUAUUUGUGGAACAUGGAUAGUUACAAUUUACAAGCUACUAUUAAAGGCCAUAUAUGCAAGAUAAAUGCGGUAACGUUUGAUAAACAGUGUAGCAGUGUAAUAUCGUGUGCAGAAGACAAAGUAUUGAAUAUAAUCGACGUUCGAACAAAUACACAGAUAUUUUCCAUCAGCUUAAAAAGCGAACCAUUGACUUUAGCCUGGAUGGGAAUGUUUCUAUUGAUAGGCGAUAACGAUGGAAGUCUUAAUAUAUGGAAUCAUCAAGGAGCUGUAUUUGUUUCACAAAUACAAUGUCAUGAUGGGCCGCUUUGCGCCCUAGCUGUGAUUGCUGAUAAUAACUUGAUAAUAACAGGAGGAAAAGACAGGAAAGUUAUUAUAUGGAAAUGUCAUGAGAGAGAGAAAGAAAGAGAGCAAUGAUACAGUAUUACUAAUAUAGAUAAUUACUAUUAGUGACUAAAGAAAAUUUGAUAUAAAGAUAACGGAAAUAUAUUAUAAUACACAUU